GGGUCUAAUGGUGGCGGCAUUCACAGGGGACUUGUCCUCUCUCCACGUUCUUUCACACCUGAGAAAACUUGAGAAGCUGGAACUCAAAGGGCUCUUUAACGCCACAGGGGAGAUACCCGGAGAGAUUCAAUACAUGACUGCCCUCACUGGACUGGGCCUCAACUAUAUUGUAUCUGUGCAGUUUCCUGAUUGGGUUACUCGCCUCACCAACCUUCAAUAUCUGAGUGUGGACUCUGACUAUCCACAACGGCAUGGACGAUUGAUGAAUGACGAUAUCUCUCAGCUCACUGCACUCACCAGACUGUCCUUCAUAGGAAACAACCUGGAAGGGUACCUUCCCAAGGGCUGGUCCACUCUGGUCAAUCUGCUGGAGCUAUAUUUAAAGUCCAACCAAUUUCACGGAACAAUUCCGGAAACAUUCUCGGCCCUAACAAGCCUAACUAUUAUAGACCUUUCGUGGAAUCAACUGUCUGGUUCUAUACCCCCUGCAUUUGCCUCCAGCGUCCAGUCAAUAACGCUAACCUACAAUGCCUUCAGUGGGCCCAUCCCACCACACCUGGUGGCACUGCCUAACCUCUCUGAACUUCAGAUAUCCAACAACAUGUUCACAGGCAUCCCCAGCACCUUCACUCGCCUCACUGGCAUGACUCUUCUGGACAUUUCUUUCAACAAUCUCAGACUCCUCAAUUACAACAACUUCUCUGGUGUGAUGCCAGCGUCCUUAACAGCAAUCACUGGCCUUGCAAAAUUGGAUAUUGGAAACAACCGCUUUACUGGAACGUUUCCAAAAUUCAUUCUGCGCCAAUCAAAGCUUGCAUCGCUGGACUUGCGCAACAACAGUUUCACAGGGGUUAUCCCCCAUGAAUUGGCAAGGCUUGUCAACCUGGAAGAUAUAAAUUUUGAGGACAACAAUUUCCGUGGACCCCUCCCAUUCGGCUUGCUUCGGCUGCCGAAGCUGUACUCGCUGGAAGUAUCUAACAACUCUAUUUCUGGGGAACUCCCACGGACUCUCAGUGUCUCCCCUUCUCUUUACACGCUUAGCCUGGGAAGGAAUCAGCUCACGGGCUCCUUACCAGACUUCUCACGCUGGAACAUCAGCUGUGUGCAAAUAAACCUUGGCAGCAACAACCUCACAGGGUCGAUUCCCGACUCCAUCUCUAUGCUCACCACCCUCGAGGGCAUUAUGCUCAACAACAAUCAGCUGACUGGCACCAUCCCCUCUGCCAUCUUCACCAUGACGAAUCUCAAGUAUCUCUACAUGGCCAACAACCAUCUGAGUGGCACUCUACCAGAUGCCAUCAGCCGACUGGAGAACCUCGAACAGAUUUGGCUGGACAACAACAAGCUUGAAGGUCCUCUGCCAUCUAGCCUGUGCUUGCUGCCGGGGCUGUGGCGCUUCAUGAUCAGCAACAACCACCUCUAUGGGCCCCUGCCAGACUGCCUCUUUGACAAGUGUAUCAACCAGAUUGAUGUGAGCGGCAACAGCCUGUACGGGCGAAUCAACCGUGACUUCAAGAGCAUGGUAGCGGAUGGUGGGGCCCUUAUCAACCUCGCUAACAACUUCUUCUUUGGAGAUGCCGUGCUCUUUGCUGCCGGCUGCAAGGUCUGCCCCACUGAAGUCAACGAGCCCAACAACCUGGACCUAUGGAACAUUUCCAAGUGGAUGGUCGGUGGCAAGUGUAACGACGCUCUGGUUAAUAACUCCGUGAUGGGGGCAGGCAGCGAGGUGAGGGUGAGCCUCUCGGGCAACUGCCUCACCCUCAGCCCGAACGCGGGGUGCGCGUCCCACGCCAUCCAGCGCAGCAAGGCAGCCUGCAAGGCGCUCUGCAGCAUCACUGCCAACGGCCCGUGCGACGGCCAUGGGGAGUGUGUGCAGCCCGACCCCACCUCCCCUUCCAAAUUCACGUGCCUCUGUGAUGCUGGCUACUCGGUUGUUGACUCGGGAAACGGCUCCACCUGUGUCAUCGUCUACUCGAACACCACCACUGUGUCCUCUCUGUCCACGGGUGCCAUCGUGGGCAUUGUUCUGGGCAGCUUCGCUGGCUUCACGCUGCUGGCUGCUGUGCUCGCAUGGCUUCUGUGGCCCCGCGGACCAA